AGCAGUCACAGUCGACGGUUCGCCUUGCCUGCGCCCGAUGAGCAGACCAAGAGGGAGCUGCGCGUUGGCGGACCGGAUGUCAAGCUGGAUCAGUUGGGACCAGUCGUGAUCAACACGGAUGGAAGCAUUUCUCGCAUCAACAAUUGGGAAGAAUUGUCAGAGGCUGAGCGCGCAACGACGCUCCGAUUGUUGGCCAAGCGCAAUGCCGAGAGGGUUUCAGCUCUGAAA